GUGCACUGCAUCUCCAGGUUUCUUCUAGAAACUAUCCACCGGGAGUCGAGUUGGCCUUGAGCCGACGCGGAAAGACUCCUACCCUGUCACGAUGCUGAUUCCUAAGAAGAACCGCAAGGAGGUCUACAAGUAUCUCUUCAAGGAGGGAGUUCUCUAUGCCGAGAAGGACUUCAACCUGGAGCAGCACCCGGAGAUCGAGGGCGUGCCCAACCUCCAGGUCAUCAAGCUCAUGCAGAGCUUCGUGUCCAAGGAGCUUGUGACUGAGCGCUUCGCCUGGCGCCACUACUACUGGUUCCUGACCGACUCCGGCAUUGACUUCCUCCGCGAGUACCUCAACCUGCCCUCUGAGAUCGUUCCUGCCACCCUUAAGAAGUCCACCAGGCCUCUCGAGCGCGGCACCGGGGACAGGCCCCCCCGCCGAGACGGCGACCGGCCACAGCGCCGCGGCUUUGGGGACGGACCCCCCGGCAGCGGUGGCGGCUACCGCGAGGGUCGCGAGGGCGGCCGCGGCUUCGGCCGCGGCGCUUCUGACAAGGAGGGUGCCCCGGGUGCUUACCGCCCCGAGUUCGGCCGCGGCGGCUACGGCCGUGGUGCUGCACCGCCUUCUUAA